AUAAGAACCCUCUCUGCUUUUCUCUAGAGAGAUCUCAUCAUUAUCUUUUCUUGCGAUCUAAGAUUGAUUUCUCUGAUUUAAAACCCAAAAACCCAAAUCAAAAUUAAAACCCAGAAAAAUAAUCAAUGGGUUCGAUUUGUAAAUCAAACUGUGUUGUUGAUGAUGUUAGUAAAGUUCAUCCAAGAAGGAAAGCAAGUUAUGCAGAUUUACAUACUUGGCCAGAAUCUGAUAAAGAGUUUUUGAAAUCAGUAAGUCUUUCUCAAGAUCAAGAACAAGGAGGAAAGGUGAUGAAGAAUGGUCCUCCAAGGGUUUUGGAUUCUAUAUCUUGUAGAAACAUGUAUAUUCGAAGUUAUAAAUUUACUACAGAGAAGAAGAAAGAAACAGUUCCUGAGAAAACUAAGAGAUGUUUCGGGAAAGUUAAAGAUAAAGUUGUUCUGUAUAACAAGAGAUCAUCAUCAUCAAAAGGGGGUAGUGUUAUCGCCAUUAAUGGCGGUAAAAAAUUAAGAAGAAGAAGAAGAAAGUGUACUAUUGUGAGGAAAGUUAAAGAAUCUCUGUUUUCUUUGUUCCGUAAAUUACUUUCUUGUUCUACUAGUGUUGAUGUUGUUGAUCAUCAUCAUCUUAGUAAUAAAAUCUUUUAGAUUUUUUAUUUUUCUGGGUCAUGGAUUUGUUUGAUUUGUUCUUGUUCUUAGUUAUUCGUUUAUAAAUUUUGAUGAGGAUUAGAUUAAA